AUGUAUCUUAAGGGUUUCAAAUGGGUUGAUGACAAGCAACCACUAUCCACAACCACCCCGGUCACCAAUCCAAAGAGAGUUCAAUUGCAAGACACUCGCCCCGUUGUGGUCAGAUAUGGUUAUGGCAAAAUGCAGGGCAUUGACAUAACCAUAGAUUACCACACCCUCAAACGCAUCACCCGUUCCACCAGCUUGAAGAAGUAUUUGAGCUUUUGUGAUGUUCCGGAAGAAAAUCUCAACAAUCUACGCUCCCGUCUGCUUGAACAUGGUAUCGAAUCCUUUCAUCAAUUCCUUUUCCCGGAUGUUUUGAACGCCCGCGAUCUUAUCGGUUUUGGAAUUGCUUGCGGAACUGCGAUGGAUCUAAUGGCUUGA